AUGGGUAUGCGCCUCGUUAACUGCACGGCCCCCACGGAUGGAGAUCGAUCCAUACACCAUGUGGAACCCGGCUUAAACUCAUUGCAACAUAGCACAGGACAGAAAGACUAUGAAAUUCGUAUCAUACCAACGAGAGACGUAAGAAUUGGCUUCAAUGUGGUAAACACUGUUGAGGACAUUGAAAACUACAUGUAUCUAGAGGGGCAGUAUGAAGAUAUGUCGAUCUCCAAGUCCAUAUCUGCUAAAAAUAAAUAA